AUGUGUCCUGAGCUCGACGCCUCACAUGUGCUCGUUCUGAUGCAGGCGUCGACAACCGAUUAUGCCCUGUGCGAGAUGGUGGGCAUGGAUGUGUCCUCCGAUGGCAUGGACAGGGAGAUCGAGGAAAGAGGCCUCAGGGAGGGCCCCCUCGCUAGCAGAGCUUACGGGACUAUAGGGCUCUCCGUAAUGACGCCUCGUGUACUGCCAUCUCGCAACGCAUCCAAUCCCUAUCUCCAACACUGGUGGCCAAUGGCACUGACUGAUCAGGCACUUUUGCAAGCGGUUGUACUUUCUUCGCUCUCUCACGAGAGAAUUAAUGGCUGGCUUUCAGCUAAACCGGGCGGUCUCAGCAUAGAUAGCUAUAUUCUUCCAGGCUUAGAGACAUGCUACUCCGAGGCCGUAGCAACACUAAACGGAGUCCUCCGUGACCCACGUCGAGCAACAACCGACACCACCAUAUUAGCGGUUCUCAUGAUGCUUGAAAAGCCUAUCACCAAGCACCACGACAAAUGGAUCAAAAAGUCUCCGUUCCAAGCUCCACUCCAGGGGCUACAAUGGUUAAACGUUCAUAGUGCCAGAGAACCCGAUUUACAGCAUCAAAUGGGCCUUUGCAAGCUCAUCCAUAUGCGGGGUGGCCUCGCCAAUAUCGAAACGCCGGGACUUGCAGCGGCAGCAUUUUAUCGGGUCUUGGUAAAUUCGACGCUUCUCCUCUGCCGUCCAUCCCUUCCCUUUUGUGCCUUGUCAGACCAACGCACGUCUGAGCUCUAUAUCCCCAUCGGAGCCACUGAUAGUCUAGACAUCCUGGAUGGGAUUGGCCUCAGUCCGGUCGUGCAUCAAGUGAUGCGUGAACUGAAAGCUUAUACGUCCAUUAUUGAGCAAUACAUGGAAGGAAGCAGUCCGACAUAUGGCGCGCCUGCAAUCUGCGACAUGCGAAAUCUUGUCCAGUAUCAUCUAAUGUCCAUAGGCCCCGUCUGCAGCACGAGACUCAAUGAUCUAUCAGAGGUCUGUCGGCUUGCCACCAUAAUUUACAGUGUCGGCGUAACCUUCCCCCUAGCUGGAGGCAGUACGCCCUUCGCGACACUCUCAGUAGACUUGAUGAGCGAACUGACUGCCAAUAAACUCAUGGACUCAUGGUAUCUGCUAGAGAAGGGUGACAUCUUGCUCCUGUGGGUUUUAGCAAUGGGGGGCAUUGCAGCCCCGGACAGGGCAACGCGGGAUUGGUUCAUUGAGAGCUUCGCUGAGGUCAUGUACUGCUCCCAGAAUGUCCAGUGGAGACGCCUAGGUCCAAAGCUGCAGAUGAUCCUGUGGUCAGAGAGCGCAUGCAAUGCAGCGGGGACUGAACUAUGGAGCGAGGCUUAUUCACUUCUCCAGCAGCGAGCGGAGAAGCAUUCUAGUGUGCUCCGGGAUAUCUCUCUGAGGAUCGUCCGGCCAGGGUAUCGGGCUUUUCUUCGCGUCAGAUACCAUGUGAUUUAUGCCGGCGGCGGAGAGUCCGGUGUGAUAAAGGGAGACCUUGUAAACGCUGUCAGGAUGGAGGCGUUGAAUGCGCUUACGCAGAUGGCUGAUUGGUCCGGUUUGGGAAGGAAAUGGGUGGGGUUCCAUAACCGCAUCUUCUGA